UACCUUUUCAAACGGUACCAAUAUGAACCGUAUACAUUUUAGGUAGCCUAUACAAAUAUGUAUCUUUAAGAUUCUAAAAUGCACCCUUCACAUGUAAAUAUGGUAGGCUACAAAGGUGCACCUUUUGAUCUAUCAGUGGUACUGUCCCAGUGACAGCUUUUGUACAUUUUGAUGGGGACAUUCUACCUUCCACUGAUGACAGCAAUCAAGUCACGUACGUGUUUCGCGUCAGUGGGUGGAAUGCUGUUCCCUGCAAGCGUGUUAUUAAGACGAAACCGCAGUGUUCACAAGAAAGGCAGCGUGUAGUCUUUAAGUCUGUCAUUGCAGAAAUUCCGAGAAGGCGAGACAGAAGCUUUGAAAUCAUACUGUAAGACCAUCUACACGAGGAAAGCGCUUUAAACCUGCCAGACCUGCUGUCACGAAAACCCGAGAUGAGGGCGUUUUAUUUUCGAUGGAGUUUACUCUCAGCUCUUUGGAUUGCAGGGAGUGAGAUGCACAUCACAAAUCUCAGAUCAUAUACCAUCAGUGCUGGUCUUGCAUUUAAGCUUGAGUGCAAUGAAGACCGUGAAAUGCAGAAUGUGAGCUGGAGCCGUGUUCCUGAUCAGAGUCUGGAAAGCAUCAGCGGAAUAAACAUUCAUGGAAGCGCGCUAUGGUUUCUGCCUGCUGACCUCUCCCACAGCGGAUCCUACUCCUGUCUCAGCAGAAAGGGCAAUAAAACCGGGGAAACAAAAUUUGACGUCUCCGUUGACAAUAAAGCAUGCCCCUGUGCGAACAGAAAAGACGGAGUAAAGAGCACAAAGGACAUCACUUGUUUGCUUCCUCACAUCUUUGAGAUAGACCCUCAGGCUCAAGUGACCUGGAGAAAUAACUGCCACCCACUCAAUGUGACAAACAGUAAGGUUUUCCCGCUAAACAGAUCCCGAGACAUGGUUGGACUCUAUACGUGCUUUGUGAGCUUUACUUUUGGAGGGCAGAAUUACUCUGCUGCCCAGACUACAGAAAUCUACAGCCACUCUAAGGGUUAUGUGGUGACAAAGCCUGAAAUCAUCUACCCAAAAGAAGAAACACAAAAAGUAACACUUGGUGAAAGUUACACACUGAACUGCAAAGCUCUUGUUGGGAAGAACGACGGUGGAGAAACUUUCCUCUACUGGCUUAAUGGCUUUAAAUUUCUCGAACUGGACUACGACACAAGCAUUGUGAAAGAGGGAGAGCGGGACUACAUGCUGUCUGUUCUUUACAUCCCAGAAGUCACAGAAGAAUAUUUAUACACUAAUUUCACCUGUGUCGUUCAACACCCAGUAGGUUGGGAUUUUGGAAAAGUCUUUCUUAUUCCUGCGAGUCAGAAUGAGCGUUAUUACUGGAUCGGUCUUGGUCUGGUGGCUCUGCUCAUAUUACUGUGUGCCGUUGCGUUUCUCUUUAGAGUCGAUCUGGUUCUGGCUUACAGGGCUGUUUGCUCGUCUGCUGCCAUAAGCAGUGAUGGCAAGUCGUACGAUGCGUAUGUGAGUUACCUUCAUGGUGAUCAGCACGGCUCAACUUCUGCAAUGGCAUUUGCAUUGGAUUUCCUUCCUGCGGUGCUGGAGGAUCUUUACAGUUACAAGCUCUUUAUCAGUGGUCGUGAUGAACUUCCUGGGGAAGCGGUGCACGAAGUCAUUGCUGACAGAAUGAGCCGAAGCAGAAGGCUGAUCAUUGUUCUUACAUCGCAGAGCUGUGUGUCGCCUCAAACCGACGCCACUAAGAGCCUUUUACCAGAUAAACUCCCCAUAUCAGACCGUGAUGUGCAUCUGAAAGCAACGAACACUUCCUCUGACCAAAUAUGGGCCGCUUACGAGCAGCGGGUGGGUCUCUAUGACGCUUUAGUGAAGCAGGGUCUGAAAGUCAUCCUGGUGCAGGUGGAGGACGGGGUUGAAGAGGCUCUGCUGCCCGAAUCUUUGCGUUACAUCAGCCGCACCAAAGGCAUCCUCAAAUGGAGGCAGAACGCCAGUGAUCGGGGGAACAGAAGCUUCUGGAAACACAUGCACUACCAAAUGCCUCCAGCGAAGCGGCGGAAGAGCCAAGAGCUGACGGUGCUUUGAGAUCUCUUUGACCACAGAAACAUUCUACACAAGUACAUGAACUCGUUAUGAAGUGUGUGUAUUGAUAACACGACUCAAGUGUGCUGCAAGAAACACAAGAAUGCACACUUACACUGAAAAAAGAUACUACAUUUUUUAAGGUAUAGUGGUUGCAAACAAUUUAU